AUGGUAAGAGUCGCCAGGCGCGUGCUGUCGCGAAUCGCCCUCCGCGUCCUUCAAGAGGGCCGCGCGCAGACCUCUCUCAUGCGGCCUAGCGGCGGCGCCGGCGCUUUCGACACGGGUAGCCUGGCGACGGAGGCGGCGACGGCGCCGGCCUCGCGUCCCCCUCCCCCGCCGGACCCCUCAUCCUCCUCCGCCGCCGCCGCCAUCGGCUCGCCGACGCUGACCUCAGUCUCGCGCAUGCGCCGUGCGGCGGCUGGCACGGCUGCCAACCCACCGGGCGCCGGCCUGCGCGCCGCGCCGCGCCGCGCCGAGCGGCGAGGAGCGGCGCGGCGCGUGCGUGUGGGGCGGGCGCCGCCUGGCGCGCCGCGAUACCUUCUCGAAGCCCUGGUGGCCAAAUACUCCCUCCCCCGUGGUGUCUUCGGGCGGGGGCAUAGCGUGACGGAUUUUUCAAAAGUCCGCUUCGGCGAAGGAGCUCUGGCACGUGAGAAUGCAAGCGCGGGCGGCGAGGAUGCGGCGCGGCGCGUGCGUGCGGAGGCGGCGCCGCCUGUAGCCUCGCUGGCGCCAGGGGCGGCCGCGAUACCUUCUCGAAGCCCUGUGGCCAAAUACUCCCUCCCCGGUGUCUUCGGGCGGGGGCAUAGCGUGACGGAUUUUUCAAAAAAUGCAAAGCGCGGUGGGCGCGGCGGCGGCGGCGGCGGCGGAGGAGGAGGAGGAGGAGGAGGGGGGCUGGCGCCGGACUCUGUCGAAGACCCCCCUCACUCCGAAAUAGUACUCGGUGUGUGUGCGCGCGCGCCGAACAUUAACAGGGCUCCUUCACGUUCUGUUGGGCGGAGGAGGAGGAGGCUGGCGCCGGACUCUGUCGAAGACCCCCCUCACUCCGAAAUAGUACUCGGUGUGUGUGCGCGCGCGCCGAACAUUAACAGGGCUCCUUCACGUUCUGUUGGGCGCAGCAGCAGGAGGAGGAGGGGAGGCGCGCAAGGGCCGGGCCGUGCCGUGCCGCGCCGGGGACGCCCGAGGGGGAGCCGCUGGCGCCUCCGUCAGCGUGGCGGCGGCGGCGGCGGCGGCGGCGAUAGUGACGCCGCGUGUGAUAGCGGCGGGCGACGGAUGCUCCGACGCGACGGAGCGUCAGCCGCCUGCAGACCGGGCGUCCGCUGGCGCCCACGCAUCGCCAGCGGAUAUUCGUUGCACUUGCAUCUGCGCCCACCACGCGUCUAA